CUGAAACAAAAAACAGUCACAAAAAGCGGGAACAAAACUGAUAAACAUUAAAAACAGAGCAUAUCCAUUUCCAUUUUCAUCUCCAACCUGCUUCUCCGCCGCCUUAACUUGAACAAAGAAACAACAACAGUACAGUUAUUGAUUUAAUCAAUCAAUGGAACAGAAAAGCUUGCUGAUAUCAGCACUUAGUGUUGGUGUUGGAGUUGGAAUUGGAUUAGCUUCUGGACAAACUGUUUCUAAAUGGGGAGGACCUGCUUAUUAUUCUUCUUCAUCUUCUUCAAACUCUGUUAUUACUGCUGAUCAAAUUCAACAUGAAAUGCUCCGGUUAAUUGUUGAUGGCAGAGAUAGCAACGUUACUUUCGACAAAUUCCCUUAUUACCUAAGUGAGCAAACACGGGUUUUGUUGACAAGUGCUGCUUAUGUUCAUUUAAAGCAUGCUGAAGUUUCUAAAUAUACGCGUAAUCUUGCUCCUGCUAGUAGAACUAUUCUUCUCUCUGGCCCUGCUGAACUUUACCAACAAGUGCUUGCCAAGGCUUUAGCUCAUUACUUUGAGGCCAAGUUGCUUCUCUUGGAUUUAACCGACUUUUCAUUGAAGGUUCAAAGUAAAUAUUGUUCUGGCAACAAAGAAUAUUCUUUCAAAAGAUCCACUUCAGAAUCAACUUUGGAGAAGCUAUCUGAUCUAUUUGGAUCAUUUUCAAUCUUUCAACAAAGAGAGGAACCUAAAGUUGCAGGAAAAAUGCGCAGGCAAAGCAGUGGAAUGGACCUACAAUCAAUGGGUAAUGAAGCAUCUUGUAAUCCUCCAAAGCUCCGUAGGAACGCUUCUUCGUCUUCAAAUAUCAGUGGCCUUACUUCGCAAAGCAAUCCUACAAAUUCAGCUCCUUUGAAGCGCACGGCCAGCUGGUCUUUCGAUGAAAAACUACUUAUACAGUCUCUUUACAAGGUUCUAGUGUCUGUAUCUAAAACCUAUCCAACUGUGCUAUAUCUGAGGGAUGUUGAUAGGUUAUUAUGUAGAUCACAGAAGAUAUAUAACAUGUUCCAAAACAUGUUGAAGAAACUCUCUGGACCAAUUCUGAUUCUUGGUUCGCGAGUUCUAGAUUCUAGUAAUGAAUUUGAAGAGCCGGAUGAGAAACUUACUUUGCUCUUCCCGUACGAUAUAGAAAUCAGACCUCCAGAAGAUGAAACACAUCUUGUCAGCUGGAAGUCUCAAUUGGAAGAGGAUAUGAAGAUGAUACAAGUUCAGGAUAACAAGAAUCAUAUCACGGAAGUGCUUGCAGCCAAUGAUCUCGAUUGCGAUGACUUGGAUUCCAUCUGUGUGGAAGACACGAUGGUUCUCAGUAACUAUAUAGAAGAGAUUAUUGUGUCAGCGAUCUCUCAUCAUUUGAUGAAAAACAAAGACCUUGAAUAUAGAAAUGGAAAGCUAAUUAUUUCUUGCAAUAGUUUGUCGCAUGCAUUGGGUAUAUUCCGAAAGGGGAAAUUCAGUGGAAGUGAUACAUCAAAAUUGGAAGAUCAAGCUCCAAAAUCUGAGAUUCCAAGCGUAGUAGAAACUGUUGCUAAACCAGCAGCGAAGGCUGAAAGUGCUGCUGCUCCGGAAAAAAAGGCUGAAGCAGAAAUAUCAACUCUAGGGGCAAAGACAGGUGUUGAAAAAUCAGUUCCACCAUCUAAAGCUCCCGACGUUGCUCCUGAUAACGAAUUUGAGAAGCGAAUAAGGCCUGAAGUUAUACCAGCAAAUGAGAUCGAUGUCACAUUCGCUGAUAUUGGUGCCUUAGAAGAGACAAAGGAAUCCCUUCAAGAACUAGUAAUGCUUCCUCUCCGAAGGCCGGACCUUUUCACCGGAGGACUUCUAAAGCCAUGCAGAGGAAUAUUGCUAUUUGGACCUCCUGGAACUGGGAAGACAAUGCUAGCAAAGGCCAUUGCAAAAGAAGCUGGAGCAAGUUUCAUUAAUGUGUCUAUGUCUACAAUCACAUCUAAAUGGUUUGGUGAAGAUGAGAAGAAUGUUCGCGCUUUAUUCACACUUGCAGCCAAAGUCUCUCCAACUAUUAUAUUUGUCGAUGAGGUUGAUAGCAUGCUCGGGCAACGAACAAGAGUUGGGGAGCAUGAAGCCAUGCGGAAAAUAAAGAAUGAAUUUAUGUCUCAUUGGGAUGGGCUCACGACAAAACAAGGAGAGCGCAUCCUUGUUCUUGCAGCAACCAAUAGGCCAUUUGACCUGGAUGAAGCUAUUAUAAGGCGAUUCGAAAGGAGAAUUAUGGUAGGACUACCAUCUGUUGAGAACAGGGAAAAGAUUUUAAGGAGACUUUUGGGAAAAGAAAAGGUGGACAAGGAAAUUGAUUUUAAGGAACUUGCCACCAUGACAGAAGGAUAUACCGGAAGUGAUCUAAAGAACUUUUGCACAACUGCUGCUUAUCGACCUGUUCGAGAGUUGAUUCAGCAAGAGAGAUUAAAGGAUCUGGAUAAGAAAAAGAAAGCUACGAAGGAAAAAAGCAAAAAUACCGAAGACGAAGCGAAGGAGGAAGUUCAAAAAGAAAGAGUUAUUACCCUAAGGCCAUUGAAUAUGCAGGAUUUCAAAGAGGCCAAGAAACAAGUUGCUGCAAGCUUUUCUGCUGAGGGUGCUGGGAUGGGUGAAUUGACUCAGUGGAAUGAGUUGUAUGGAGAAGGUGGUACUAGGAAGCAAAAGCAAUUGUCAUAUUUCCUGUGAAAACUAUCCAUGAUGAAGAGAAAGAGUGUGCGUGUGUGUGUGUGAGAUUUUUACUAAGUUAUUUAUGUCUAUAUUUUCCAAUGAUAACUUUGUUAUUUUGUCCAUUGCCACGAAUAUAAUUAGUUACUAAGGGUAAUAUAUUUUUUUAUAUAAAUGAUCGUUGGUGUUUGUCUAUUAGCAUUUUGUAUGAUGUUCAA